UUUCCAUAAAUAUAUUAAUACUUGUGUGUAGUUAUCCAUAUGGUAAAGACCACUAUUCACUAAUGUGAAUCAUUCCAUUUUUACUUAGAAAGACACAGGGCAAUUUGUUUUCCUUUUUAAACGUGUCAGAUUUUUGUUGAGGGAGAAUGAAACUUCCCAAGGGCCUAACAUAGUCUAGAGAGGCAUUAUGGUAUUGUUGGAAGGUUAGGAAUUCUAAAUAUCCUUCCCAUCUUCUAAGUUCUAUUAGCUAACAGUAGACCCAAGGAACCCAAUGGGGGUAGAGAGCAUCAGCUUCACUACACAGAGGAUUUGGCCAGUGAGAAAUUUGGAUUAGACCAGAAACACAAUAGGGGUUUCUUUUUCUUCUCUCUUGAAAUGAAGAAAGGGCUGACCAUGUUUACUUCUCUAGACAGAGAACCAGAAUAGGGAAAGCAGUGAUCCUCUUGAGCCUGCCACAGAUAGACUUUUGUCUGGUUUGCUUACCACACAGACUGUAAUCUGUUCCUGAACGUAGCUCAGGGGUCAACAGACUACAGCCCGUGGGCCCCAUCUGGACUGCGAAUUGUUUUUGUAUGACCUGCAGACUAAGAGUGAUUUCUACAUUUAAAAAUGGUUGGGGAAAAAAAAAAUCAAAAGAAUAAUAUGUACAAAUUAUAUGAAAUUCAGACUUCAGCAUCCAUAAAGUUUUAUUGAAACAUAGCCACACUUGCUUGUUUGCAUAUUUCCUAGAGCUGUUUUUGUGCUAUAACAGUGGAGCCGAGUAGAUCUGGUAGAGAACAGAUGGCCCACAAAGCCUAAGGUAUUUAGUAUCUUAUCAUCAUGGGAAAAGUUUGCUGACCCCUGAUGUAGAUAGUCUGUGGCCUUGUUGUCCAGGAACUAGCAGCGGAGACCAGGCAUCACCUGGGAGCUUGUUAGAAGUGUAAAUUGUCAGUCCCCACCGCAGAUCUACUGAUUCAGGAUCUGUGUUUUAAUAAGUUCCCCACAUGAUUAAUAUACACAUUGAAUUUUGAGAGUCACUGGCUUGGGAGAGAAAUCGAAGAUGGGGACACCGAGCCUUGUCCCUUCAAUGUAGUGGCACCAUUGGAUAUUGGAUUUGCACCAACCAGUAAAAUCACUUGUCUUCUCCUGGUGAAGCGGGGGAGGAAACCGUGGAGGAGGGGCUUGACUUGUUCAUACUAGUACUGCUAUUUCCUGGGGAUAGGGUAGAAGUGUUUUUCCCAAGAAGUUGUAGGAAUAAAAAUGUCCCUCCUAAAACUCUAGUCUACAGAUUCCUGGACUGGGAUUCAAGAGACCAGGGUUGUAGUCCCCACUGCUUGCUGGUUUUCCUGAUAUGAGCACUUGCUCCUUCAAUUUCUUUAUAGAUACAAAGAAGUAGUUGGGUUAAAUUAAAAGCAAAGGGCUAGACAGAUACCUUAUAGCUUUCAAAUUCUUACAGUUCUAACAUUCAGAGGUAUCAGAUAUAGUAUCUUCCUUUAUGUGCCUAGUUAGAAUUUUAAGAUCUUAAAUGCAUCCCAGAAUCUAGACUAUGUAUAAACCAAAUAAAACAGGGCAAAACUCAACAUUAAUUGCUUUAGACGACAGUAAACUGAGUCAGGAUUUGGGGAAAUUAUCAUGACUGCCAAUUAUAAUACUUGUAGAAGUGGCUAGGAUCUUAAACGUGUAUUGCCUUGCCAUUACUGUUUACUCCCCUCUGUUCUCCAGACCUGUCAAAUAAGGAUAAUACCCUAUUCUCUUCUUCAAAAGUAUGUUGAGGACUGAUGAAAUUUAUGUCUGGAACAGAUGGUGAUCAGAAUGGACUUGAUCACCCAUCUGUUGAAGUUUCCCUGGAUGAAAACUCAGGAAUGUUAGUAGACGGGUUUGAAAGGACCUUUGAUGGGAAGCUCAAGUGUCGGUACUGCAACUAUGCCAGCAAAGGAACAGCCCGGCUUAUCGAACAUAUUCGAAUCCACACAGGUGAGAAACCUCAUAGAUGUCACUUAUGCCCAUUUGCAUCUGCUUAUGAGCGACAUCUGGAAGCCCACAUGCGUUCCCAUACCGGAGAAAAACCAUACAAAUGUGAAUUAUGUUCCUUCCGCUGCAGUGAUCGAAGUAACCUGUCCCAUCAUCGAAGGCGCAAGCAUAAAAUGGUACCAAUUAAAGGUACUAGGUCUUCCUUAAGCAGCAAGAAAAUGUGGGGAGUUUUACAGAAGAAAACAAGCAAUCUGGGCUAUAGCAGAAGAGCAUUAAUCAAUUUAAGUCCACCUUCCAUGGUGGUUCAGAAGCCAGACUACCUUAACGAUUUUACCCAUGAAAUCCCAAAUAUCCAGACUGACUCCUAUGAAAGUAUGGCAAAAACCACAUCAACUGGUGGCCUACCAAGGGACCCGCAAGAACUCAUGGUUGACAACCCUUUAAAUCAGCUCUCAACCCUGGCAGGACAGCUGUCUAGUUUGCCACCGGAAAACCAAAACCCUGCCUCUCCUGAUGUAGUUCCCUGCCCUGACGAGAAGCCUUUCAUGAUGCAGCAGCCGUCUGCCCAAGCAGUGGCUGCUGCCGUGUCCGCGAGUAUUCCCCAGAGCGCCUCUCCCACGAGCCCGGAACCUCGGCCGUCACACAGUCAGAGGAACUACAGUCCGGUGGCAGGUCCGAGCAGUGAACCAAGUGCCCACACGAGUACUCCCAGCAUGGGAAACAGCCAGCCGAGCACUCCAGCCCCGACCCUCCCGGUCCAGGACCCGCAGCUUCUGCACCACUGCCAGCACUGUGACAUGUACUUUGCCGACAAUAUCCUUUACACGAUUCAUAUGGGAUGUCAUGGGUAUGAAAAUCCUUUUCAGUGUAACAUAUGUGGUUGCAAAUGUAAAAACAAGUACGAUUUUGCCUGUCAUUUUGCAAGGGGACAGCAUAACCAACACUGACGGAAAACAGUCACAGUAUGCUUUACUUGGUUUUACCUUUGGGGGUUUUAUAGUUUUGUUUAUUGUUUUGUUUUGUUUUUUCCAGGGGGGUGUCAUUCCUAAUAAGGUGUCUGCUAACUUAAAGUCUAUAUAUUUAUAGAAUAUAAGUUUGACGGUGGAAAUAAAAAAAAUUUUUUUUUUCUAUAGAGAUCUGGUCAGGCUCAUUUAUGUAUUAGAGCAGUGAGACACGUUGGUGUCUGUUUUUUCCUUUCACUUCGACAGUUGAGAAUUGGAGUGCAAUCAUAAUCCUAACAGGUAUUGACUUAAAUUUCCCAUACUUACGGUCCAUAAACACUUCAGAGCUUACUGAUACUCUUGUAUUUCAACAUAUACAUUCAGCUAGAUAUUACUUCUGCCAUAUUUCAACAUGGUAGAAUUACUGUCUCUUACAAAGUCUAUGACAGUUUAUUUCAGUGUUUAGUAGAGGAAUUGCCUUUAACCUCGUUCUUUGUCAGCGCGCUGUUUCAUUCACAUUGCUGAAUGUUCACAGUACUUUCAUUUCACCUGAUAAUCACAGAGCUAUUUAGUGUAGCAGAUCCUUCUUUUUUUUUUUUUUCCUUAAGGGGAAAUGUAAAACAGGUCAUUCUUUUUAAAUCCAAGUUAUAAAAAUAAGAGGCAAAAGUUCUGAAAAGAAAUGAAACCUAAAUUGAAAAAUGGGUUUAAUACUUAAAAUACCUGUUUGUUCAAUUUCUAGUUUAAAUGUGUGUCAGUUUUCCAUUGGAUUCUGUUUAUUCUGGUUUAUUGUAAAAACCACAUGAAAUGCUAGAAAUAUCAGAGGAUUAUCUCUAAAGAUGCCUUUUUUUUCUUUUAAUUUGAACCUUUCAUUUAAAUUCUUCACGCUGACGUUAUUAGUGUCAGGUGCGGUUGAUAAGUAUACUGAGAAUCUGUUAUUCCUCCUAUUCCUUUGAUGACCAAAGAGGUACAGUGGUGGUAGUCAUCCAUCUUAUUCCUUGGAAAUGCAGUCCUUCAAAAGAAAAAAAAAAUCUCUUAAGUUUCCAUUUCCUGCCUUCUAUCCAUUUACUGCCUGUAAUUUCCAAGAAGAGGUGGGUAUAGAAACACAUGGGAAAAUAGGAUGGUGAAGUAAUACGUAAAAAAAUGAGAACGUGUGUCCAAAACAAAUUCUGGUUUUCCCUUCAGAAUUGGCCAUUUAAAAUAUUUUCUGUGAAUUCAGCUUGUAACGCUUAUUUGCAGUUCUGCCAGUUUUUCAUGGAUAGUGACAAAACUAGAGACUGACUGAAUCGUCGCCUUAGUAGGAAAGGGUACAAAAGUGGGAAAAUAGUUAUAAAAUGCAUUUAAAUGUGAUAUUUAAUUUGUUUACAAAAAUAUGACUUGCUAAAUCUAGAAUAAUUUUGAAUAGGAGGCUGUUGUUUUUAUAUUGUGUAAUAACUAGCUCACUCUAAGAGAGCUUGGUCAAACAAUAAAAUAUAUUGUUACUAA